AUGUUCUUAUUGUUCUAUCUAUCCAUUGCUACAGCCAGCAAUUGUUUGAAUCAGUACGGAUAAGUGGUAGACUAUUGGUUGAUCUUCAAAUUGCCCAAAGACUCAGUCAAUUAAUAUACAGGAAUGGAAUAUUAUUAUUGUGACUCUACGACUUAGUGUGCAGAGUUAAAAUAUCAAUACGACAAAUUAAAUGAUGCUAGCUCUCCACUCUAAAUAACUAUGUAGUAAGUUCUCUUUAAGGAUACAACUACUAUGAAUGUCAUUUGGAAUGAUUAGCCAUUUGAUAAGGAUUAUUAUCCAGAUAUGGCACAUUCUAAAGGAGUCUUGAGUGCUUCUUUAAAUGGCUAAGCCUUCAUAAUCAAUCACUCAACUCCCAAAUUCCCAAUUAUGGAUUCCAAUUAUGAUGAGAUAAUAUUAGGGAUGCCAACAAAUUCUUUUACUAAUGCCCAACAUUUCAUGUGUUUCAGCGUGAGCACUUCUGAAAUAGAAAGAAUCGCUUAGUAACUAAUAAUAGCCGAAGUGAUCACAGUUAGGGCAAAUUCCCCAUCUGACUUUAAAACUAAAUACCCAAAUUUAUAUAGUUUAAAAGAUACAACUAGAAAAUCAUCAUUAAGUAGUGGUUCCCUUACAGUGUCGACAAGAUAAGGCUUAUCAUUGUAAGUGAUCUCAACUAACUAAAACAAUUUAGUGGAUUUUUACUCUGCUGUUGUUGCACCUAAGUUGAAAGUAGGAUUAGUAGUUUAAACCUGGGGAAGUGGAGGAUUGUAGCCUCCUGAUUGUACUUCGUCUCACUAAAUACUCAGCAGUUUAGCUAGACUAUAAAAUGGAUAUAAAUUUUCAUACACAAAAGAUCAUUCAAAAUUUGGAAUUUCUUUAAAUUCAAAUACCCCGUAUGUCUGCAUGUCUGAUAUUAAUAGAUAAGAUAGUCAAAACAAAAGAGGAGGUACUACUAUUUGUUUUAUUCACUAUAAUUUAUGGUCUUAAAUAAAUUAUCAAUUUAUUCAAAGAUAAACAUGCUGA